AUGAAACUCGCGUUCCUAUUUUCCGCGCGUCUCCGUAGUCCUGUUUCUACACGUCCUACUUUGCAAAAAUCGCGCACAAAAAGUUCGAGUAAUGGAGAUGACAGUCAUCCAGGCGGCUUGUGGGGCAAAGCAUCCGUUCAUUUACAUAGUAGGCGAUUAUCAGGAGCACGGUUCAGGGGGCGAGGUGUCUUGUCCGACGAUGCUAAAUAUCGUGGAUUGGAAGUUCAGAGCAACAUUCUGCAAGCAUUCAAUUAUGACUUCCGUCUCGGUGAAUCAGGCGAAGCCAAAAGGAUCUUUCGCACAUUGGUGCAUCAAGUCAUACUUGGUAUGCAUGACCCUAAUUGGCUUCGCUUGGUAAAGAAGAGGAUAGCGGAAUUAGGGGACAGCACCGCUGAUAAUGUUCUAUCUGACUCCAUCGAAUGCUACAACAGGAACGGACAAGCAUCAAUAGACGAGGUUUUGGAUCAUGUUCAUCCAGAUGCCUAUGAUCUGGGUCACAACCCUCAUCUUUGCAGGACAGGAAACGACGGCUACAAUACUGAAUUGCAUGAUACACGCUCUAGCGCAGCACCCAGCGUGCAAGAUGAACUUUGGGCAGAAUUUGAAGUUUUUGAGCUCACGAAGAAAAGUACGCGAUUAUUCCCCCCGCGCCCCUCGGGCGACCAAAUUGCUGUCGAAGCUGAUGUCAUUCCUCUCGGUCAGCCUAUCCAUACCAAGGACGGUACACAGAUCCACUCGAUACGCAUACACAAGGGACAGGGCCCAGAUGGGACAGAGUUUAUUCCUGCUCGCUGGCUUAAGACAGCGAUUCGAACGACACACCCUGAAGCAACGGUUUCUGGAUGGAACAACCUUAGCACCUUCGGUGAAGGCAGACACGUCUCGCUAGUGGAUCGGCGGGUGGGAUACCUAUACUGGAUGCAGCCAAAUCAGACUUCUAAUGGGAUUCCUGGAGACAAGCUGGCGAGUUACUUUACGCUGCUCAGAGUCCUUCGACAAUGUUUAGAGCUGCCUGGUAAAUCCUGA